AAGCCUUUGCUUUCUUGUGUUUUGUCCUGCAAGCCAUCCUCACCGGAACCUCUACCGUCAAGAUUGCUAAGACCCACAAAAAGACGCCUGACAGGGAAGACCUGCAACAGUAUGAUACUACGGUAGAGUAUCCUUAUCCCACCCCAAUUGUCUCCAAGCUCACAACAAAUGUGCCAACCACCAACGUGAACCAACGUUUAACUGCGGCAAUGGAAUACCAUGCUCCCUCCCUUACCGUGAGUGAAAUCCAUCUUGACAUCCAACCCCCUCGCUGAUACAGAUUUCCUAGGCUCGGAUGGUGAGAACCCUGCUACACCCACUUCAAAAUCCAUCAGACACCAAUGACACUCUUGAGGUAAGUGAUGACAGUGCUGGAGAUCAAGCCCUCAUUGCUGACCUGCGAGCUGCGCCAACCCGCGAAGGCAGUUCAACGAACGAUAACAGGCAAAUCCGUUAAAAAAGGUGUCGGUUUCUAAUCUAUGGGACUAAAUAUGUCUCUCCUCAAGGCAAUGAUAAAAGAGGGUUUUUCUGUUGCUAUAAUACGCCUAGUUAGAAAAAAGCUAUACUUUUAGUGCUUGAUGGGCGGACGUAAUUGGUAUGGCGAGGACAGAUAGCGGGAAGACUGUAUCGUUCGUCAUACCCAUGGUUGUGAGGUUGAAGACACACAGCCUUA